AUGUUGCGCGCUCUUACCGCCUCUCAGCCUUUGAAAGCUGCUGCCACUCGUCAGGCCCGUGCCUUCAGCACCUCAUUCAUUGCCAUGCAAAAAUUCCGUUCUGAACGCGACACUUUUGGUGAUCUCCAAGUCCCUGCUGAUCGCUACUGGGGUGCUCAGACUCAACGCUCCCUUCAGAACUUUGACAUUGGUGGUCCCCGUGAACGCAUGCCUGAGCCCUUGAUCCAAGCCUUUGGUGUCCUCAAGAAGGCUGCUGCUCAAGUUAACAUGACCUAUGGUUUGGAUCCUAAGGUUGGCGAAGCCAUUCAAAAGGCUGCUGAUGAGGUCAUUGAUGGUACUCUCUUGGACCACUUCCCUCUUGUCGUCUGGCAAACCGGUUCGGGUACUCAAUCCAACAUGAACGUUAAUGAAGUUAUCUCCAACCGUGCCAUUGAGCUUUUGGGUGGUGAGCUUGGUAGCAAGAACCCUGUUCAUCCCAACGACCACGUUAACAUGAGCCAGUCUUCCAACGACACCUUCCCUACUGCCAUGCACGUGGCUGCUGUCACUGAGAUCACCAGCCGUUUGAUCCCUGCAUUGACCACUUUGCGUGAUGCUCUUAAGGCCAAGUCCGAUGAAUUCAACCACAUCAUCAAGAUUGGUCGUACCCAUUUGCAGGAUGCCACUCCUUUGACCCUUGGUCAAGAAUUCUCUGGCUAUGUUCAACAGCUCAACUAUGGCUUGGAGCGUGUCGAAUCCACUCUUCCUCGUUUGUACAACCUUGCACAAGGUGGUACUGCUGUUGGCACUGGUAUCAACACCCGCAAGGGCUUUGAUGAGAAGGUUGCCUCUGCUAUUGCCACCAUCACUGGUUUGCCCUUCAAGACUGCUCCCAACAAGUUUGAAGCUCUUGCUGCUCACGAUGCCAUUGUCGAAGCCCAUGGUGCUUUGAACACUGUUGCUGUUUCCCUUCACAAGAUUGCCAACGACAUCCGUUUCCUUGGAUCUGGUCCUCGUUGCGGUCUUGGUGAACUCGCCCUUCCUGAAAACGAACCUGGUUCCUCCAUCAUGCCUGGCAAGGUCAACCCCACUCAAUGUGAAGCUAUGACCAUGGUUUGUGCUCAAGUUAUUGGCAACCAAACCGCUGUCAGCUUUGCUGGUGCCAACGGUCACUUUGAAUUGAACGUUUUCAAGCCCGUCAUGAUCCGCAACUUGCUUCAAUCAGUGCGUCUCUUGGCUGAUGCUUCCAACUCCUUCACCAAGAACUGCGUUGUUGGUAUCAAGGCUAACGAAGAAAAGAUCAACAGCAUCAUGAACGAGUCUCUCAUGUUGGUCACUGCUCUUAACCCCCACAUUGGUUACGACAAUGCUGCCAAGUGCGCCAAGAAGGCUCACAAGGAAGGUACCACUCUCAAGGAAGCUGCCAUCUCUCUUGGUGUCUUGACUGAGGAGCAAUUCAAGCAAUGGGUCCGCCCCGAGGAGAUGAUUGGUCCCAAAUAA